AUGCAAAGCUCAAAUCAACAAGCCAUCCUUGGCAGCCACUAUACUAGUCCCCUUAACAGUACAAAUACAGUCGCCCUAGGAGAUCCCGACUCUAUCGAUGGAAACCUACGAAUGCCUUUGCUCUUGUUUACCGACGACGAAGCUGACACUCUGGUUUACAUCGAGCCGGGUCCUCAACCAAACGCUGAACCAACUAACCACCAAUCUCGGCGUUGGGUAUUUGGCUCACAGGAAAAGGUGCAAGCGAUCCCGCAUCGUAUACAUAGUCGAAAACUGCUGGAUACAGGAUCAGAGGUUUUGAAAGAUCUCUUUCGACCUCGUACCCAAGCACGCGUCCGCAAGAGAUAUGGCCUUACGGAUAACAUGUCCCCGGGUGUCAAAUACGCUAUCGAUCUGACCCCCCCUUCUGAGGGUGACGAGGCGGUUAUAUUCAUGACGGAGUUGUCGUGCCCGAUGGGUGUGAGGAGGUGGUCACAAAUGCAAUCGCGAUGGUCACUUCCAACAUCUUGUGUUAGUGGCCAGGAUGAAAUAGAAUGGAUAUUAACUGAAAUUGAGGCGACGAGGGAUCCUAUAAUCGUUGAGUCAGAGGACGCCACUACCCUUAAGCAGAAAAGGAAAGCUCGUCGCAAGGAAGCCAAGCAACAGGCGAAGCAAGAAGAGAAGCAGGCCAAAGCGAAUGAUAAACCGGAAGCCAAAGCCGUUCCUCGUAGGGUUAUGAAUUUUCAAGGAAAUCUACCCACUUUACGUGCAGACUUAGACCCGAUGACUCCGUACUCAGAAAGCGAAGAGAGUACACCCAACCAGCCCAAGGAGCUGCAAGAACCAGAAAUUCCAAAGAAAACAACCAAAAGAUUACCCGGUCUACCACUCGAUUACUCGCCCAUUCGACAUCGAACAGGUCUUGAACGCCUGUUGCACGCGAUCGAAGGACUCGAUCCAAAGCUUGAUACGGCUCCCAAACUAUGGACAUAUUUUGCUUUGGCCAAGAUCUUAAAAGUCGCUACACAUCCAGCAGUCGGUGACCAUAUUCUAGUCUGGCUGUACACUCAAUCAAAUACCAUGUUCAUUGAAGUGAACCCAGAGUUGGCCUAUCAGAUCGCCUGCGGGUUACAGAAUCGCGCUCUUUGUCAGACCUCAUUUGCCAUUCUGGUGGGUGAGGAGAGCUUGAUGGUUUUGGACUCAUUGAUAGAUAGCCAAGUACCCAAACGGAGAGCUCGCACAAUACAUGGCCGCUUCCGCGAGUCGUUGGAUGAUACCGAAGUGCAGCGAGUGGAGUAUGCCAGCAAAGUCUUUCUCGACCGAAUUUUGAACGAGUUUGUCAAACUGGCAGGUACCCGGAUGGAAUGGGUGGAAGACAUUUUGAGAAGCCAUUUCACCAGAGUAUGGUGGAUUGAUCUUGCACCACAUAAGCAGGCCAUUGACGAGCUUGCCCACCUUUGCAAACUAUUCCCAUCAACGGAUACUAUGGAUUACCCCGGGAUUGAUUACUACGCUGCCCAUUCAGUCCUACCUCGAUUCUGCCGAGUGCUCACUCGCGGAUUCUGGAAAUCCCUCGCAAUGAUACUCCCUACCCCAACAGAAGCACAUACCUGGGCCUGUCCAUCACUCAGGGACCUAGCACCGGCUCUAUCAAUCUUAGAAGAUGAGGGCAAUGCCAUCAUUCGACACGUAUCCACAGAAGAGUUAUAUGCGACCCUUGAUAAAUUCUACCUGGCCGCGGAACAACUUUCAUUCGAUUUUUCAACCUUCACAUUGGCUGUCGGCAACUAUCUGGAUAGACUAGCGUCUCGUAUCGCAGGACCACCACAAUAUGAACAAGAGCCUCACUCCAACCCGUUUGAAGUUCCCUUUGAAAUCGUCGAUACGCUCGUCUGCCUACAAGACGAGGAAUUUAAAUUCCUCCCCUUAUGGGCUGGGGGUAACGAUGAUGGUACUGGAGGCGUAUUCGAUGAUCACUCUGUCCCUAUACUUGAAGAAGGAGGAUUUUCAACUGCAGGUCCCUCUGUUCGUUUGGGUAAUAAUGCUCAAUAUCCUGACGACGUUGCAUCUAUGGAUUCAUUUGAGUCUAUCCGUCCAGAUGAGGCGGCGAGUACUGUUCAACGCGCUUCGCAUGAAGCCACGGCCAGCCAUGCUACUACUACGACUGCGACUGUAGUGUCUGCCACGAUGUCGACCAUUUCUGAGUUUGAGUUAGUCGGCGCUGUGCAGGAUUUGGAUAUUAGGAGUACGAAUGGAUCUGUUAUGGCCGAUGAUGAUACUGAAAUGAAAGAGAAUGUAGACGAGGAUGAGUUUGAUUUUUUUGAUGAUGAUGAUGACAACGAUACGAUUGGAAAUUCACCUGACCUGGAAUGA